AGAAUGUACAUUAACUGAAGGCCACAUUCUUUCUGCAUUUCACAGAGCUCAUCGAGAGAAGCAGAGAUACUUCAGAUCCUGAUUUACAGGAAGCUACCGAAAAAUGGCUCCCAAGAAGCAAAAAGCAGAAGAAGACCAGCCAGACAUAAGAGACUCUUUUGAUUAUAAGAUGAAUCCAGGAAAAGUUAAGGAAGAUAAGACGGAAGAAGCUGGAACUUCAAAGCAGGCUGACCAUCUGCAUACCUUCACAGUCAAAUUUGGUGCAGAUGGGCGAGAAUACACAAUUGCUUGUACACAACCUGACGGUGUGCUUCAGGUUAUAAAAUCCCAUGAUUUUAAAGAGAAAAUAAAGGGACCAGAUGAAAAGAUCGUCAUCAAGUUGGGUGAAGGGAUUGAUGGCCCCAUUGUUGCAACACAUUUUCCUUGUUCCUGUGUUGAUGAAGGAGAGUGUCUGACAAUAACUACAUCAACUAAUAAGGUAGAGAAAAAGCAAAAAGAGCCCAGCGUCCUCCCAAAAGACAACUACUCUGUUUUCUUCAUAGAUAAAGUAGGAGGUGAAAACACCAAAACCAAACCAGCUAAACUAUUUAGAUGUAACAAUAUUCCUGGGAAAUUUAGGUUUUACUGUGUUUAUGCGGAAAAGGGGAUGAAAAUAAAGGAAGCUCUGAGACUGGACGGGCGCUUUGUCGAUGAUCUCUCAGACUUCUCUUUGUCAUGUAACAAAAGUGGUAAAUUUACAAGAUGUACAGAAAUAGUUGACUGCCUACACGAGAAGAAAUUCCAGAUAUGUUUGGAAAAGAAAAAAAAUCCUGAUGUACAACAGCCAAUUCAAAAGCAAGAUGCGACACAACAUCAAUCUACAUCAGUUGAUUCACAAAACAAGAACAAAACAACAAGCGUUCUAGAGUAUGCAAAGAGUAACAGUGUCAGUUUACAGACAGCAAUAAAAGAAACAGGGAGUGAGGUCGAUCUGAAGGAAAUCAAGAAACUCCUGCAGCAGCAGUUUCCAAAACUGAAAAAUUGGAUGGAAGAGAGAUUUCCUGGUCGUUCCUUUAGGAAAGCCCUGGAACUGAAGAAAGAGAAGUUUGGAAAAAUCCAACAGUCCUUUAGUGAAGUCCGCACAAUCAGAGAGCUGGUAAGGCUCAGUGAGUCUGUUUGUCUCCUGGAGUUAAAGGAAAAUAAUUCAGCCGUUACAGUUCAAGGCUCAGGUUUUCUGUUGUUUGACAACUUUGUUCUAACCAGCGCCCACCUGUUUGACAGGUGGCAGACAAUUGCAAUAGGAAACUGGGGGGACUAUUUUACCAUCACUGCAACUUUCAACUCUGAAAAACAAGAUGGAUCAGAGAGACCAUGGCAGGCAAAGGGGGUUCUUUGGAAUAAUGAUUUAGAUUAUGCUCUGUUAGAGCUCACCUGUGAGAGUCCAACCCCUGGUCCAACAGAGACCGUACCACCAGGGCUCCUAGAGAGAUUUGGUCCAGUACCAGAACCAAAUGAUGAUGGUGGGGCUUGUAUAAUUGGUCAUCCAGGAGGAGGAGUAAAGAAAAUGGAUCUGACCUGUGUCAUUAGGAAAGAAAACAUGGAGCAGGCUGUCGAACAGAAUUUACAGUCCUAUAGGGAUUAUAUUUUUACUCUCUGCUCUGUCAAAUAUCAGAUCAAAAGGCACCGCUAUGCAGAUAUUCAUGUGACCUACAACUCCUUCAUGUAUCAUGGCGCCUCUGGCUCCCCAGUGUUUGAUGCUUUUGGACGGGUCUUUGGAUUGCACACUGGUGGAUUUUAUUUUGAAGAGUUUAUACCUGGUCACAGCGUUAUUGAGUAUGCCUUCCCUCUGCUCAAAGUGUUUGAAAAUCUUCUGGAUCAAAUGAGGAAUAAUGGCAGGGAGGACUUGUUGGAGAGAGUUAAGGAGGUAGCAAAAGGAAACAUUCACCUAGAAACGAUCCUUGAUAGGAAACUGAACCAGAACAAAGACCAGAUUCACUGUGAGGAGAAUCAGGAGGAAAGAAUGGAAACUGGAAAACCAGAAUCUGAGUAGGAAAUGGAAAAAAAAUAAAGCUCAUAAAAAGAUGAAAUUGAUUAGAGAUAUUAACAAAUAUCCAGCAGGUUACGGAAUUUCCUUUAAAAGUCCUCCUUCUGCUUCAUCUAAACAUCUAAUCACCAAACAAUACUUUUGUCAAAUCCAGUCUGAAUUUUUCACAUUUAAUGGUUGAAUUUCUUAGAACUGGUUUAUAUUUUCCCUAUUUAUCUUAUUCAGGUGAAAUGCUGUAAUGUCUUCAUUAUUUUAAGAGUGUACUCUGGCCUCUUAUAGGAAUACUUUGAUAGUUUUUUAUUAACUGUAACUCGGUGAAAUCUCUGGGAUCAAGGCUUUUUUUCCUAUUAUAAAGUUGGGUAUAUUUGCUUUAAACAACAAGUAACAAUUUGUUGCAUUUCCUUAUUUAGAUAACCUUUUUAAUGUAACUUUAUGUUUAAUUGUCUCUAACAUUCUUCUACUAUAAUCAAAAUUAAACUUGACUGCAUGUAAUUUGGCUCCAUGAUGGGACUGUGUAUCAUUUUUCAUUUAUUUUAAUAACAUUUAACCUAAAUGGGU